UUAACUGAUAUUUAUCCGAUGAUUCUUUCAGAUCGCUGAUGUUCAGGAGAUCAUGUCCAAAGAAGCAGAGACAGUUUUUAAGAGAAGAAAACGAAGCACUACACAAAUUACUGAUAAUAAUGAGUUUAACUACACGGUAUACCAUACAUUGGAAGAGAUUUAUAAAUGGAUUACAGAUACAGCGAACGAGAAUUACAUGAUAGCAAGUCGGGAGCAGCUAUCAACAUCACACGAAGGCCGCCCUGUCACAGCUAUCAAACUUGGUGCACCCGGUAACCAGGGCAACAAGCCUAUAGCCUACAUCCAAGGUGGUAUCCAUGCUCGGGAGUGGGUCAGCCCAGCUACCAUGAUGGGACUCGUCAAACAACUUAUCGAUGGAUACAACACAAAUGAUAAAGUUAAAGCAAUGUUGGAUACAUUUGACUGGUAUAUUGUACCUGUAUUAAACCCCGACGGAUACUCAUACACAUGGACAAACGACCGUAUGUGGCGUAAAAACAGACGCAAGCCUGACGGAAACGUUUGCACAGGAAUCGACCUCAACAGAAAUUAUGCCUAUGAAUGGGGAGGUGAUGGAGCUAGCCCAGUGAGCUGCAGUGAGACCUACCGGGGUCCUAGCCCACUAUCGGAGCCGGAGCACGAGGGUGUAACCAGCUUUCUUCUUGAAAAACAACAAACCAAUGGUGUUCAUCUCUUCUUGGAUGUUCACAGCUACGGACAGUACUGGCUCUACCCAUGGGGCUACACGGGCUCGAAAACUGUCCCCCUGCCCGAUAGACGCGAUCUGCGGUCCCUAGCAAUGGCUGCCGAAGAUGCUAUUACAGCUAAACAUGGUAUGGACUACUUUGUCGGAGAAUCAGGACCCGAUUUUUAUCCGGCAGCUGGUGCGAGCGAGGACUGGGGCUACGGGGCACUGGGCGCCAAGUACACGUACGUAAUCGAACUCAGGGACGAGGGGAAAUACGGCUUCUUACUACCAGAGACGGAGAUCAAAUACACGGUGGAAGAGAUGUUCGAAGCACUCCUGGUGGUCGGCGAGCGCCUCAUCUCCGAGUUCGGAUCAUGAUCGUGGCAGUCUUCCUUUGCGUGCCGUGCGACAGCAUAACACCGAAUCAUCUUAAUUAAUACAGAGCAGUUACAAUCUUUUGGGAGGGUUUAAAGUAGGGAUCACUUCAUUUUGAUUUGAAUCCAUUGCAAAAUCAUUUUUUAGCCUAUUCUCCACUUUAAAGUAAUGGUUGCAUAACUCCUAUGAAAGUGGGUUCCACUUUUAUUCUUUAGUUUUGAUAAUAUGGAUUUCCACUCCAAAUAAAGUAAUCUGUACGUAUUAUUAUGGCUCCCCAGAAAGUGGAAGUUUUUACUCCUGUACAUUUAGAGAGACUUCACGUCUGCCGCACGCGAAGACGAACUGCUGAGGGAGCAAAAUCGGGGUGAUGGCGACAGGAUCGUGGGGGGGGGG